AUGGAAAAUUCUGCAAAAACAGAGGACUAUGAAAACACAAACACAUUAGUAAAUUCUGAAAUAGAGUCUUCAUUUUGUAUUAAUGAAAACACAACAGCUUCUGAGACUGGGAUUUCUGAAAAGAUUCCUACCUGUGAUCCAGUAGUCACACCAAGAAAGAGAAAAAUGGGAUUUGAAGAUGACCUUACAGAGGAAGAUUCCAGUUGUUGGGUAGACAGUUCACUCAAAAAAAGAACACUUAAUGCUGAAGUUGUUCUAGAGAAAAGUACUAGAGAUGAUGGUAACAUUUCAAAGAAAAGAAUAGAAGCGGAUGAUGUUCCAACAAAUCAGUCUUCCACUGGAGAUAGUGCUCCGCUGAAGAGAAAAAUAGAACUUGAGGAUGUUUCUGGAAAACAAAAAAGCUUGAAAGGACAUAGCUCAGCAGUAGCUGCCCAUUACAACGAACUUCAGGAAGUUGGUUUGGAUAAACGUAGCCAAAGUCGUAUUUUUUAUCUAAGAAACUUUAAUAAUUGGAUGAAAAGUGUCCUCAUUGGAGAAUUUUUAGAAAAAGUGCGACAGAAAAAAAAACAUAUCACUGUUUUGGACCUGGGAUGUGGUAAAGGUGGAGAUUUGCUCAAGUGGAAAAAGGGAAGAAUUAACAAGUUAGUUUGUACUGAUAUUGCGAGUGUUUCUGUCCAACAGUGCCAGCAGCGGUAUGAAGACAUGAAACAUCGCUGUCGUGAUAAUGAAUAUAUUUUUAGUGCAGAAUUUAUAACUGCUGAUUGCUCAAAGGAACUUUUGAUUGACAAAUUCCAUGAUCCAGAAAUGUACUUUGACAUUUGCAGUUGUCAGUUUGUCUGUCAUUACUCAUUUGAGUCCUAUGAGCAGGCUGACAAAAUGCUUAGAAAUGCUUGUGAGAGACUUAGCCCUGGUGGCUAUUUUAUUGGUACCACUCCCAAUAGCUUUGAGCUAAUAAAACGCCUUGAAUCUUCAGAAACAGAAUCAUUUGGAAAUGAAAUAUAUACUGUGAAAUUUCAGAAGAAAGGAGAUUAUCCUUUAUAUGGCUGCAAAUAUGAUUUCAACUUGGAAGGUGUUGUGGAUGUUCCUGAAUUCUUGGUCUAUUUUCCAUUGCUAAAUGAAAUGGCAAAGAAGUACAAUAUGAAACUAGUGUACAAAAAAACAUUUCGGGAGUUUUAUGAAGAAAAGAUUAAGAACAAUGAAAAUAAAAUGCUGUUAAAACGAAUGUUUGCAUUGGAGCCAUAUCCUGCAAAUGAGAAUUCCAAACUUGUCUCUGAGAAAGUGGAUGACUAUGAGCAUGCAGCAGAAUAUGUGAAAAACAGUCAGGCAAGAUUACCUUUGGGAACCUUAAGUAAAUCAGAAUGGGAAGCUACAAGUAUUUACUUGGUUUUCGCAUUUGAGAAGCAGCAGUGA